CGCAUUGAGAAGGAGACUGCUAAAAUAUAAUAUUUUCUUCUACGUAUGAUCGUAUCCCACUGGUUCGAAAAAGGUAAAUAAAAAUCACCAGUUACAUUUUGUUUUUUAUUUUUUAUUAUUGGACAAUAAACUUUGUUUUUAAUGCACCGCUUGCGGCUCCGCCCGAGAAACCACCGCUUCCAAUUUCUAUCGUUGCCCGUUUCCGCUCGGAAUUAUCUUCUCUGAAUCAUCUUCCUCGGAAGAACUUCACUGCUCGCUGAUGGAGGUUUGCCUAUCGUAGCACCAAAAAGAUGCUUUCUUUAAGGGGAUUUUGGAGAAGGCAUAAGAGGAAGGUUUUGGUUGCAACUGGUGUUUUAGGAAGUGGGUAUCUUCUGUACAAAUUAUACAAUGCUCACAGACAAAGGCUUGCUGACCUGGAGACCGAACUCGAGCACAAGCGAGAGAAAAACGAUGAGCUCAUCAAGGCUCAAAUGCAGGCCCAUUUUGAAAACAUACAAAGAAUUGCUGACACAACUACACUGCCUCAUGCUAUGUACUAUUUAAGUAGUCGGAUAGCGGAAGAGUUGGACCUUUCUCACCUUACUGAGAGGUUAAUGCAAGUGAAGGGGCAACCGACAUCUCAAGAGAAACUUGAGUUAUGGGAUAGACUGAAAAUUCUAAGUAUGUUUCUGUCAUUCCCUGGUUUCACGAGAAUGGUGUUGUCGCUGUGGGCAAUGACGAUCCUUAGCUUAUAUAUUAGAGUUCAAGUCAAUAUAUUAGGGAGACAUUUAUAUAUUGAUACUGCACGAGGUCUUGGGAGCUCUCUUUUAAUUGAGGAUGCUGAUCUCAUUCAUAGGGAUGACCAGCAGAAGUUUCUCGCAAGUUCUGAUUAUCUCGCCAGUAAUGCCUUGCCUGCUUUAAUUUCAAAUAUCCAGGCAGCAGCAACAGAAGUUCUUAAUGGAAAGCAGCUAAAGGAUUCUUUCAACACCACAGUUCUUCAUGCAACUAUCAUGGAAAUACUUGAAAAGUUCAUGAGCACAGGAGAUCCCCAUCACUGGGUGAACUACUUGAUGCCUGAGGAUGCUCGUUGGCAUGAACUAGCCACGGCCUUCAGCAAUGAUAACGUACCCCUUCCAGAUGUCACCAAAUUUGACCAACUUAUGUUGGAGACACGGGCAGUAAUAUCAAGUGCUGAAUUCAGGAGUGUUGCCGAGACAGCGUUGAGAGCAGUGGUGGAUACCGUGAUAGAAGAUAUGAAUGCUCAACCUGGAGGAGGCAGUCUAAAGUCAGGAAUUCAACUUGCCAAAGUUUUAGCACGGGUUGCACAGACGGGUCCUUCAGUCCUCGAAGAAUCAAGCAAGUUCAUCCAGAUCAUUCUGAAUGUACCACAAGUUGAGCUCUUUUUCACUCUCAUCUACUCAAACAUGAAAAUAGACUAGAGUAGAGACUCGCGGCGGAUCACAAUUUCAGAAUUUCGGUUUUUAAGUAGAUUUUUGAUGCGUUACAAUCAAAUCCGGCAGCGGAAGAACGUGCUAAUGAUUGAGGGGCGUUCAAGUUAUCAAAAUUCGGAAGUUUUAAAGGAAUAACAGAGAAAGAUGAGGAAUGUUGCAGUGUAAUCUACUGUUUGUACUAGUUCUUCUACCAUUUCUAAUUCCACAUCUCAUAUUUGUUGUGCUGUAA